CAAACGUAUCGAACGCCCUCGUUCGCUUCGGAGAUCAGCCGACGUUUCUAUCGUGUCGUGCUUUGAUCAAAACGAGAGUGUUGUUGUAUAUGCGGUCGGAACUGCGACGCGUUCGUUCUGUGUUACAAUAAAACAUGAAUCCAGUGCUGUGCUUAGUGAUCAAAUAACAAUGCCAGUCAAAACUUAAACAGGUGCUGUGCUGUGAAAAGUUUUACUUUGUUGUGUGCUUCAGAUUUUAAGAUGACGGAGAAAAAUAAAUCUGAAAAGAUGACUAAUACAUCGAAACCUGUUCCCAUGAAGCUUUUUGCUGCCUGGGAAGUGGACAGGACGCCUUCCAACUGUAUUCCAAGGCUGUGCACACUACGCGUCACCCGUCUACGCGUGUGCGGUGCCCUUGGCGAGGCGGGCGGCGGGGCGGCGGGCGGAGCGGGCGCGGGCGCGGUCAUCCUGGCGGCGCGCAUGCACAGCAGCAAGCGUACGCUGCGCUCGAAUGACAUCGCCGUGCCGCCCAUGGACGUUGAGCUCGACCUGUGCUUCUCAUUGCAGUACCCGCAUUUUGUUAAGCGAGAUGGCAAUAGGUUGCAGAUUAUGCUACAGAGACGCAAGAAAUACAAGAACCGCACCAUUUUAGGAUACAAGACGCUCGCUGAGGGAGUUAUUAGGAUGGAUCAGGUGCUGCAGCGCUCCAUGGACAUGGAACUAGAACUGACCGGAGUUGGCUGCAAAGGUGGCGCGGCUGCAGGCCAGCCUGUCGCCAGACUAUCCAUCACCGGGCUGGCGUCCACGCCUGUCGACCACGACACUAAGAACAAUAACAACAUGCUCAUCACUGAACGUGGCUACUCAGACGAAGAGGAAGAGGGCGAGUUUAGCUCCGUGGAGGAAGCAGACGAAAUGACGUACGGCGCGCCGGCGCGGCGCAGGACGCACCGGCAGCUCACGUUCAACAAGGCAGACCUAUCCUACACUAAGCUGUCGCGCUCACGAGACUUGAGCUUCAUGGAGCGCGAGCGAGAGAGACAGAGCUAUAUGCGCUCCAAGGCGGACAGAGACAGCGACAGUGAGCUGGAGAACGCGGCCGCCAAGCGCAAGGGCAGCCGCGGCAAGCUCGCGCAACGCAACCUGAAGCAGAAGUUCGCCGCGCUGUUGCGGCGGUUCAGAGUGCCGGAUGAAUUGGGCGAACGCGGCGCGGCGAGAGAUACGCACCAUGCGCAGAGGGACAUAGAUGAACUUUUCCAGGAAUUAGAGUCGCUAUCAUGCGGGGAGGGCGAGGACUCGGGCCCCGACCAAAUGGACACCAUCAGCAUCGGCUCCACGCCCAAGCCCUCGCUGCGGCCCUUCUUCAGCAGCUCAAGGAGCUUGGCCAACCAGGAGCACCACAGGCAUUCCAAUGUGAGCCGGCACGCGAGCCUCGCCUCCACGCAGCUCUGCGAGCGCCUCGCCGUUACCGUCCCGCUCACAGAAACGGAGGCGAUUCGAAGCUCGGUGGGCGAUGAAAGAGGCAGCGAAGGAAACAGUGAUGGUGAUCUAACAGCUGAUGCGCCUGUCUCUGGCGCUUCAGUUUCCAGCUCACCUCCUAAUGAGACUAAGGCACAGGAAGACAAGCGUUCCCGCCUCUUCCGGAGUGCGACAAGCGGAGGCAACCUCACGCCGGCCGGUGCUACGCGCAAGAAGAACUCGUUGGCGGCCUCAGAUCGACCACUUUCGGCACACGAGCUGCCCGUACAGAGUCCUACUACACAAGAGCCUCGACGCACAAUGGUCGAGCAGAUCAGCCGUCUCCUCGGCGACGACGCGCCGCUCCCGGAGUGCGUGGCCGUGGCGCCGCCCGGCGCGGCCGGCGCGCUGCACGCCCUGGGCGUGCCCACCGUCGUGACCCCCGCACCUCAUGCCCCGGACGCGAGACCGCUACUGCAGGCGCUGUAUGCGAGGGCUGGGAAGCAGAGCGUGCGGCGCGGCUGCAUGCGCGUGGUGGUGGCGGGCGGCGACGGCGCGGCGGCGGCGGCGCUGCGCGCGCACGCCGAGCUGGCCGCGCGCCGCCCGCACGACGCGCCGCCCAUACGGUUCUACAUCGUGCCCAUCGGUGGUGUGACGGUGGCCAGACACUUGGCAGCCACGGACACGGCGUAUGGCGCGCUGUUCGGCGACGCGUGGGCCGCGUGCUGCGAGCGCGCCGCCGAGGGCAGCCUGCCCGACCAGACCGAGAUGUCCUCUAGGAUAGCUAGGUACCUCAACAGCAUCGGGCCUGUAAACAACGUUCCCAUCGGCGAAGCCAUGGUGGCGUACCGCGAGCGCUCAGGAGACGAGGACGCCAGUCAAACAUUCGUGCCCUUUAUCGCUGAGGUCCGCGUGGGGUGCAGCGAGGGCGGCGUGUCGUCGCUGGAGCUGGAGGAGGGCGGCUCCCCGCCCGCGCGGCCCUCGCCGCCCGCCACGCCCGCGCCGCUCGACCUGCAGCCGCCGCUGCUCGCCCGAGAGCCGCUCGAGCUGCAGCUCGACUACUGGCUGGUCCCAGGCCGGGCAACAGAGGGCGCUGACGGCAAGGUGACAGUGAAGGCGUCCUUCAGAGCGCUGCACGUGACGCGGCAGAACGCGCACCUCUGCAUCACCUACCUCACCAAGGAGAAGAAACAGAAGAUUAUGCGGUUGGGCAAGAAGAAAGAAAAGACUGGCGAAGCGGAGCCGGGCCGAGCGCAGACUGUCGACGGUGUCGCGCGACUCAUAUGCUCUGCUAAAGGCUCACACAAUUUGCCGCUCAAAGUGUACAUCGACGGCACAGAAUGGAACGGCGUAAAAUUCUUCCAACUGUCGACGCAGUGGCAGACGCACGUGAAAACGUUCCCCGUGGCGACCUGCGGUGCGCCGCUCGCGCCGCCGGAGACCUAGAAUUGGCUCCGAACCAAACUCGGUGUCAUCCACUCUCUGGCUUCCUCGCUCUGGCACUCGAGGGCGACCCUAGCCGGCCACGAAUAAUCGCCGAGCUGGUUUGACGAGUUCAAAUUUGGAACGCGGCCAUUUUGAAAAGCGCAGCGGCGAAUGCUGGCCGCUAAUAACAAAAGCGCAGCUUGCUUGAUGAGUUCAAAUUUAGAACGCGGCCAUUUUUAAACGGCACUCUUAGACGUAGGGUUGCCGACGGCUUUCUAAUGAGGCUCUGAAACUUUUCGAACGUAUCGAUUUUUAGUAUUAAAAAUAAUAAAAAAUACGUUGGUUAUUUUGCAGUCAGUAAUAUUACGCUAUCGAGCUGCCAUGAUUUUAUUAGCGCGUAGAAAGCUUUUGUUGUGUAGCUUGAAUAGGGUUUACUGUUUGUUAUUAGAUUUGUAGUCAACUGUAUGCAUGCUUCGACUUCAAUGUUUAUCGUAUAGGUAUUCAAGUUACAUAAUAAACGCUCAAAAUCACGUUAACUAUUCAUUCAUAGUCAUUCAUUAGUUGUAUGUUUAAUGUUAUAAAAAACUAGAUAUUCGCAUACUCAAUAUGUAUCGAGUUGAUGAAGGGUUCGUGACAUUUCCAUAAUGUAUGUAAAGUAAGCUAGGUUAUGUAUCAGACUAGAAGAAACCGAAUUUCGGAGUAUCUGUCGGCACAUAUCAUUGUAGGUUCGUGCUGCUGCGUGCGCUCGUUUUUAUUAUCUGUGAUUCGUUAAUGCAGUCUAAAAAAUGGCGACGGCGAUCGCCUGACAUUUUUUUGUAUAUUAUUUGUAAGCACCUAAAUUAACUGCAGUUUUUUAACUUUUGUACCGAUUAAUGCAUAGAAUUUUUAAUACAAAUAGAUUGCUAGAACACCAGUAUCUUCCGCAUGUAAUCUUACGCUCCAACGCUUUUAAUUUAAAGCCUAUUAUAGCAGGAAUCAUAUCUCUUAGUUUCCUUGAAGUUUUCUGCCUCCAGUUUGAUGAUUCCGAGCCAAUUUGGACUUUAUUUAAUGGUGAUACGGCUAGUUUUAGGAGGUGAAAACCCCAAGGGGACGGGUGAUGUACUGUAGCAACGACUGUCGAAUGAUAUCAUAGGUUAACUAUAGGUUAACUGUACUCUUGUAGGUUAGAGAUGUGUAGUUCACACUCGCGGCUGUGUUGUCGAAAGUCAGCCAUGUUUACUCAAAUUUCAGGAAAAUAUAAAGGGAUUUUGAUCGUAGAUUAUAGCCAGGUCGUGAUGCGUACUUGGUUAAAGUUUGAAUAGUAAGCUAAGAUUGAAUACUUGUAGCAAGAUUGAAAUUACGCAGUUUUUGACUUACGAGUCAACAAAUUUUGAAUGCUGGUACUUUUAAGUACAUUUAAAUAUGACUUCGAGCUAAUGUAUAAACGCGUAUAAAGGGUCAGUUUUAAAUUAUCUAUGAAUUAGUUUCCCAAAUAUUUUGUUUAUUGCCUAAUUGUCUAAGUAAAUAGUUUUUAGCAUAUAUUAUUAAGCAAUACGAAAAACGUGCCAAAUUAGAAUCAAUUUUAACGUUAACACCGUUUAGAUUUUGAAGUAGAAGCUUGUUAUGUUAAUUAGAGGAAAUAACAUUAUUUUAAAAUCAAUAAACGAAAUUCACCCCUACUACCUUCAAAGUAAGGUAAAUUAUAGCAGUCACAUGGAUAAUAUCUGUUCCAAUACCUUGUCGAAAUUGUAAAGAUUCCAAGUAAAAUACUAACAACUCGUAAAAUCUCUGUAUACAUAUUAUAUGUUACUCAUAUUUAACUGUUGAACUACUUAGUCUUAGCUGUACUACAAAAUGAAUACUUAGGCGUAAAUAAAAUAUUUGGAAGAAACUAGUUUUCGUAAGUAUCUACUCGUAAAAAAUAAAUUCGACAAUAGUUUUGCCAAUAGUCGUACGCUUUCUGUAAUUAAUCGUUGUAGUCCGUUAGUGUAAGGCGUAAAAUAAGAACAAUCAAUAUAACUUCACAAUAAUUUGUCAGAUUAUUGAUCCUCCUAUAUUAAACUGAAAACUGACUCCAAUCCACCCUAGCCACAGUUUUUAGAGCACUCGCUACGCUCAAUAUUCGCUAUAUUAAGUCCUAUUACUGUAACUAUAGUUCGUUUUUUUUAGGCAUUAGAAAUAAGGUAAACAAUCUUGAUGUGUCUUUUAAUUGAAAAACACAUUUUAAAAAUAAGUUACGGCAAAUAUGUAACAAUUAUGAAUCUAAUACGAUCAUUUAUAUUCUUCAGCUUUCAUAAGUAAUAGUUUUUGAUUUUUAAAAAGCGUUUUUCAAUUAAAAGACAUGUCAAGAUCGCUUACCUUCUCGUAAGUUCUUUCUAAUGCUAAAAAAACGAACUAGACAUUGUCAUCACUGUCAUUAUUGUUUACUGAAGUUCUUAAUCUACUCUUAUGGCUCAUUUAGACGAUGCGAGACCUGGCACGCGAGUUUCAUUACAUUGCGGUUUUUGAUCGGUCGGUUGAAUUGGACGUAACCAACAAUCCGCAAUGUAACUAAAAUCGCAUGCGAGUUCGCGCACCAUCUAAAUCAGCCCUUAGUGUGAAGUUGUCUCAUAAGUAGUAAAGCAAAGUUUACUCAAGGCUUCUGAGAUCGAUUUUGAGCGCACUGCUUCAUUUCAAAUAAUUUCUUUAUGAUCUUUCAAAGCUUUUAUCCAAAUUUCUGCCUUAUGUUUUCAUUUCUUUUUUUUUCUGAUGUACUAAUUAUUGUUAUUGCCGAUAUGUGUCAAAACUGUAGUACAUUUUAUAUAAGUAACAUCUUUAUUACGUACUCAAUAUUUAAAUAUCGAGUCUUAUCUUUCUAAUGGCGGAAGCAUAUUAGGCGCAGACUCUAGUUUCGUUACUCGAUAUGUCAUGCUUUUCUAAAAUAUUCGGUCGAAAGUACCUUUUCCUCUUGUUACAAAAUUAAACGUGUUAAAAAAUUGUACCAACCUACCAACUAUCACAGGAAUGAGCCGUAUAAACUCAUUAAACAAUACUUGUAUCUCAAUUAAUCUGUAUUUCUUAAAAUAACAAAUUCAAUACAAUUAAUAAUAAAUAUUGAUAUUUAAUCGAUACGCGCUCUAGUCGUCUCGCGUAAUGGAUGACUUCUUUUUGUAUUAAAUGCGUAUGAGAUUGUACUUUAGCUAUACGAAUCGAGCCGUGUGGUUUUACUACAAAGUUAGAAAACAAGGAUAAAUCCUUUUACCUAGUUACUAAAGUAAAACAAUUGUAAAGUCAACUCUAUGUCAUCGCCAUAAGGUGCACUGCGAGCUGGAGUUAAAAUAACCUACUGGAAUAGCAUGUAUGUUAUUGUAGAGUAAAUUUCGAGUAAUGGGAUUCGUCAUUAUAUUUCUUACUUUGUAGUGGAAUCACAACACGUUCAGUCCCCAUUGUACGGUUCAACUCUAUUGUCGCAUGAAUAACCAGUUGGACCGUGUGCAGAGGGCUUUGCUGUCCCCUUAUAAAAUAACGUACAGUAGAAAAAAAAAAUUUACAUAGAUCUGGGCUAAAAUAUUUUAGGGUUGGUGAACAAUACAUAUAUCUGCAUCGGUAGUAACGAAUGAUUUUUGUUGAAAAUAAAAUCGAUUUAACUAGUCUGAAUGUGAAAGUACUGUGCGUUUUCAUAUACGUAUAGGGGCAGCUUAGAAUAAGUAUCUAAGCAAAUUUGGAUCGUAGGAAUCGAAUAUAAACCAUCCAAGUUCAAUAAAGUAGGAUAGUUGUUACUU